AUGGCGACUCUCUAUAGUCAAGUCCCUUCUGUAUCGGCAGUUUUCUCUCUCUACACAUCGUUCUCUGCAAUCACGAUGCUCUUCCGUACAAUCCUCAACGAGAUAGUCCCAAAGCGAGUCCGUGAUUACGUCGCUCUCAAAGUCGUCGACUUUUUCUCCUCUUACUUUCAGUCCAACUUCACUUUUGUGAUCGAGCAACGUUGGGAGUUUGUCGAGAACCAGACUUUCCGUGCUGCCGAAGUUUACUUACCGACCCGUCUCGCCGGACUCUCCACCGGAAAACUCCUCGUGGGUUCGAGCAAUCUCAAGAAUCCAGCUGCUGAGCCAAAGCUCGGAAUCCCAGUCAACACUAAAAUCAUCGAUGAGUUCCAAGGGAUUCAUCUCGAGUGGACUUUACACUCUGUUGAGACUAAGAAGUAUCUCCCUGAGAAACGCUACUUUCAUCUGACAUGUAAGAAGGAGUUUCGUGAGAAGAUUAUGACAGAUUACUUUACCUACUUGGCUAAAUCAGCUGAGAAGAUUAUGAGCCAUCGCGAGAAUCUCAAGAUCUACACUUAUAACCAAGACCGAUCCAAAUGGGAAUCCGCCAUUUUCGAGCACCACACCACCUUCCAGACACUAGCCGUUGAGCCGGACCUCAAGAACAGGUUGAUCGACGAUCUUGAUGCUUUCUCCAAAGGCAAAGACUUCUUCAAGAGCGUGGGACGGGCUUGGAAACGUGGAUAUCUUCUCUACGGUCCACCUGGUACCGGAAAAUCAUCUAUGGUCGCUGCUAUUGCUAACCACAUGAAGUACCACAUCUAUGAUCUCCAGAUUCAGAGUGUUAGAGACGAUGGUGAGUUAAGGGAGAUUCUUACCUCCACCAAGAACCGGUCCAUUCUUCUCAUUGAAGACAUUGAUUGUAGUGCCGAUGCUUCUCGUAGACGCCAGACCAAGAAGAAGGAAGAAGCUGGAGGAGAUGAUGAUGGUAAUGAGCCUCAAAAGCGCAAGAAGAAGUUUGACGUUGGGAUAUCAUUGUCUGGUCUAUUGAACUUUGUAGACGGGCUGUGGUCGAGCUGCGGGGAAGAAAAAAUAAUAAUUUUCACAACUAAUCACAAGGAGAAGCUCGACCCGGCGUUGUUGAGGCCUGGAAGAAUGGAUGUUCACAUUCUCAUGGACAACUGCACGCCCUUUGUGUUCAAGAAGCUUGCGGCUAUGUACCUCAAAGUUGAUGACCACGUUCUGUUUGAUCCAGUUGAGAAGCUGGUCCUUGAGGUGAGUGCAACUCCAGCGGAAGUCACGCAGCAGCUCAUGGCGAGUAAGAACUCUGAUAUUGCGCUCAAAGGUCUCUUGGAAUUCCUGGAAACCAAGAAGAUGAAAAAGGAGGAAGAUAGCAGUGUGGAGGAAGAGGGAGAGAUUGAAGAUGAUGAGACUAAAGAUGCAGAAGCAGAAAAAUAA